GACCCAAGGGCUAUCUCCCUGCUACAGACAUUUGGUAAAAUCAGGAACUUCACAUACAACUCAGGAAGAAGUUCACCUCAGAACCUAUUAGGGAGAACUAUGAAAACUUGUUAGGGUCCUUCUGUCCUGAGAUCCGUCACUGCCAAGGGACUUCACAGAGUCCAAGGAUCUCUUUUUUUUUUUUUCAUUUUCUUUCUUUUUUUUUUUUUUUCCCCCUUUUUUUUUUCCCCCCUCUUUAUUUUUGUUUCAUGUGAUUUUUUUUCAAGUCAGUUAUUCUGGAUGUUUGAAAACUGAAUUAAGAAAAACCCACUCAGAAGUUGGCUGAAUGUUGCAAGCCUGCAAAAUGGAAGGAUUUCCCCUCAUUCCCCCUCCCUCUGAAGAUAUGGUACCCUAUGAGUCAGACCUCUACCGACAGCCCCAUGACUAUUACCAAUAUCUCAACAGUGAUGGAGAGAGUCAUGGUGAUCAUUACUGGGAAUAUCAUCCACACCACAUGCACAGUGAGUUUGAGACCUUUGGAGACAAUCACUUCACAGAACUGCAGAGUGUGCAGCCUCCCCAGCUCCAGCAGCUCUACAGGCACAUGGAGAUUGAACAGAUGCACGUCUUGGAUUCUGCAAUCCCAACCACACACAUUGGACUCAACCAUCAGGUGCCCUAUUUGCCCAGGAUGUGCCUGCAGUACUCCUCUCCACCGCAACCCAGUUCUGAUGAGGAGGACAUAGAGAGGCAGAGCCCCCCAUUGGAGGUGUCAGAUGGGGAGACUGAUGGUGUGGACCCUGGGCCUGGAAUUAUGCAUGGAGAAACAGGCAGCAAGAAAAAGAUACGUCUGUAUCAGUUCCUUCUGGACCUUCUUCGCAGUGGAGACAUGAAGGACAGCAUCUGGUGGGUGGACAAGGAAAAAGGCACUUUCCAGUUCUCCUCCAAACACAAAGAAGCAUUGGCACAUCGCUGGGGCAUCCAGAAAGGCAACCGCAAGAAAAUGACCUACCAGAAGAUGGCACGGGCUUUGAGAAACUAUGGCAAGACAGGGGAGGUCAAGAAAGUCAAGAAGAAGCUGACCUACCAGUUUAGUGGAGAGGUGAUGGGAAGGGGGGUCACUGAUAGGAAGCAUUAUCCUCACUGAGGCCGUGGGACUCUAAGCAAGGAAAAUAUUAAGACCUCCUGGCUGAAUACCAGCAGAGGAGACGGACGCAUCUUUCUCUUUGCUUCCUGUGCCCCCUUCUCUGCCUUUAAAGGGCCUUUUACCAUCAGAUGUUUCUGGUACGAAUUCCUUUCUUCAGCAUCUGAGAAUCCUAAACGUGACCGAAUUCUUUGCUUCCACCCUACGAGUUGGACAGAGUUGGGAAACUUAAACAGUGUACAAAUAUAUUAUUGUCAGGAAAUAUUUGUUUGUUUGUUUGAUUGUAUUGUAACUAAGGAAUACAACUGAUGAAGUUUUGCCUUCAAAUGUGGUGCUGUGUCACUCCUAGUGACACUGCAUUAGCUUACAGCUUUCAGACUAGCAUUAAUAUACAGGCUCUGCCGCAGCUCUCAAAGUUAGAGAGAAGUUUGCAGAUCUUGGAAUGAUACUCGUUCUUUUAAAUAGUAAUAACAUGUACAUAUUUAAUAAAAUUUGAUAUAAUAAAGUUCUGGUGUUUGCAUAAUAAAUGAUUACUUCACAA